GCGACCGCCGCGCUCUCUGCCGGCGACCUCCGCAUUCCCUAACUAACGUUUCCUUGUGAUUGUGUUGUGUUGUGACCAUUAGCCCUAUAAGUCAAGGGCUUCAUUAUAAUCGCUGCAGGCUACAAUCAACAGAACGUGAAGAAAGAAAGGCAGUGUUUUAAAUAGUGAUUUGGAUAGUAUAUUGUUAUUAAUUACGUAUAAAACGAUGAGUGUGCGAUGUGAAAUGAACAGUGAAAAACGUCCGCUUUAACGAAGCGCGUGGAAAUGAAAAGAGAAAAGUACAAGAAAACCGCGGAAAUCCGGCUGGGCGAGAGAUGAAGGGGUGGUUCGAUGCUUUCCGUGAGGAAGGCGGACCGACCCUGUACGCGUACCAUAACCGCACGGCGGUGGCGGCAGAUGUGCCCGCUCUUGCUCUCCUCAUCGCCGCGCUCACGCUGUACCUCGCCUUCCUCGCCGUAUUCCCCGGUAUCAGGAAAGAGAGAUUUUCCACAUUCACAAUAGUCACGCUCAGCUUAUUUGUAGGCACCGUCAUUCUUGUGUGCAAACACGGCUCGUCGUGGCACGUGGCUGGGGCUCGCGUGGCACGCGCCGCCUACCGUGCCUUCUCCACGGAGCGUCUCGACUGCUGGCUCGCCAUACAUGUCGGCCUGGGACACGUUAAUGUAACCCUCAAUGCACUAUCAUGGGGUAAUACCACAACUGGGGACCCAGGUGUGGACUAUAACGAACAGUUCCGGUGGGAGGAAGCCGGGGCCAUCCAGGAAUGGUAUCGUAAGGGGCUGGUGCGUGGCCUGCCAUACCCCUUGCUCUCAGUAGCAGAGCACUUCGCAGCUGAGCACGAUGGGUUCGAGUGGGGUGCAAAGUAUCGUGCCGCCGGGUAUACAACAUCGACCCUACUUUGGACGGCGUUGGCGCUGUGGUUGCUGAUGAACCUACUGCUGGUGGUGGUGCCGAGGUACGGGGCGUACGCUAUGACGUCGGUGGGCGUAACGCUAUGCGCCGCUGCAGGCGGUUACUGGGCGUGCCUGCCACAUGUUCCUCUCGUCGUUAGACUCGAUGGCUCCAUGCUGUUUUUCUCACUCGGAUGGUGUUUCUACCUAGUUCUCAUUGCAGGCUGUUUAUGUUUGGUGGUGGGUCUGGUGAUAGCGACCCUGGACCUGGUGUGGCCGCACCGGUUCUCCACGGUGUUGGAGGUCGACUAUGACACGCCGUACGACCGGCACGUGCUUAUAGUCGACAGCCGGCAGCGCGCGCGACCACAGCCGCAACCCUCCUUGCCCAGUAGAAUACUUAGGAGGCUAUCAUCAAAAACACGUGACUCUGAGCGUCAGGUGUCGAUGUCGAUAGUAAAUGAGAACGGCGAGCGCGGACGAGGGCUGGGGCGCGACAACCCCGGCUACCAACACGAGCGCAAGCCCAACUCGCCCUGGCGGUACCCACUAUUCAGGAGGCAAAUCGACAGGGUCGACUCCGCGUCAAGUUUAGGUUCAAGUAUUAACGGUAAUAGUUCCGGAAUCAAGAUGUCACCACUUCCGGGCAGCCCGCCUGCUCCUUCCCUUCCAAUAUCUCCUCACAGGUAUCGACCGCAACUGCCGGCUACAGAACGGGUCAAAGACAUGUGGUGAUAUAGACAAUGAAAAAUUUAGUAUUAAAUUGACGUUGAAACAAGUUUUUCUGAUCGACCUCGUGAUGAACUAUUGUAAAUAUGUAAAUUAUUAGUUGAUAUUUUAAAUUGUAAUGCGCGUAUCCAGUAUCAUAGCGCGACGGUGAUUCGUUUGAACUAGCGAUUUUUAUGUAAAUUUUAUAAAUAGUGAAUUUAUAAUAGACAUCGACACAGACAGUGAAUGCUUUGUGCCAUGCAUUAUACAGAAUAAUAUUGACUUGGGUCAUUGUAAAAUAAUACACCCUGUACUUAUAGUUCUUCUACUUUACUUAUUUGUAAUCAGCUUUAUUUUUAUUGACCGUCUUCAGUUUGGAGAUACACAAUCAUACACAGAUGUUAUCUAAUAAUUGAUUUUGAGCCUUACUGAAGUUACGACUAAAAUGUUUUUUAAUGUUUUUUGCUUGCAUUUAGCACAGUUUAUUUUAUAAAAUGCUUCAUGAUUUAUAUUGUUGCAAAUAAUGUCAUUAACCUAUUUUCAACAUUAUAAAUAUCCUUAUCGUCCAGGUAAAAUAUCUACCUAUAGUUUUAUUAAGAAACAAUACGCUACCUGAGAAAAUUUAGGUGAAUUUACACUGAAGUCAAUUAGAAUAUUAAUUAGAUAAGUUAUUUAUUAUUUCUAUACAAACGCAUGUAACGUUUUUAAAUCGUAAUUCGACAAUCAUUGAAAGGACUUUGGCUAAACAAACUUAACGACGAAUAGACUAUGGAAGAAAAUUUCUAUUUUUAUGAAAAUGAAAUGUUAUUGAUUAUUUGGCACAUUGAAUAUUUAAAACAUCCAGAUUUCAAUUUAAAAAUAUUUACACGAACCCGUACAUGCGGUACGGAUAUUAUAUCAUAGAAUAUUCGUAACAUGUGAUGUAAAAUUGCGAAUAUAUUUAUUUGUAAAAUAUUUGUAAACCUUCUUCCAUGUUGUAAAAACAACAAUGAAUUUGUACUUAUGUAUUGGUAGUUUAAUUGUAAAAAGUGAGAAUAGGUCGAGGUUAUUUAUUGUGAUCGAAUAGAAACAAAAUUUAAAG